AUGUGGAAGCGACUGUCGCCGCUCCUCUGCGCGCCAAGCUGGAAGCGCACGGCGGCCAUCAAUACGGUCGGCGUCGUCAUCUUGUGGGCAUUUUUGCUGAGCAUCCUGAUAUAUGGCUGUGUUCGCACUGGCAGACUCGAGUCUGCCUUCAGUCUGUAUGAGGGGCCCUGCUCCCGGUCCAAGACGUACAACCUCCUCCUGCACCUCUUCCUCAACAUCAUCAGCACACUUGUACUCUCUUCAUCCAGCUUUUUUAUGCAAAUUUUGAGUGCGCCGACUCGCAGCGAGCUCGACACCGCGCACGCUCGCUCCAGCUGGGUCCAUAUUGGCGUUCCGUCGCUGCGCAACUUCCUCUACCAGCGGCCGCUCAAGCUCGCGUGCUGGCUCCUCUUGGCUUGCAGCUCAAUUCCGCUACAUCUUUUCUUCAACUCUCUUGUCUUUGAAGUGAGAAAUGUGCGGGCGACCUUUGGGAUGACCAUCGCGGCGGAGUCGUUUGUACAUGGUGCGAAGUACUUUGCUCCGGGCGCCAGCCUGUGGAAUACAGCCGUACCGUACAAUUGCAGCAUCCUCGGGCUCCCAGGUCAUGAGAAGAACGACAAGCUCUGCCGACAGUCGAACGAUGACGACUCGUCAAUUUGGAGGUCUGAAGGGUAUGCGCCAGGAGAGGAACUCAUCUUCCCCGCCAUGUGGAUGAACGAGAGCUCGGCGACAGCGGCAAACCUUGCCCUGGCGGCAACGACUGCAUCCAAUUGGGAUCGCCUGGAUGCAGACGCGUGCCGCAAAGAGUUCUUGUACUGCGGUGACGGCAAAGGCAUGGAAGACUACACGAAUGUUGUAUUGGUGGUCAACGCCAGCAAUAGUCCUGCAUCAGGAUGGUCGCGCAAGCAAGUCUUUCCCUCCAUGAGCAAUGCCGACUCGACGUUCUGGAAAGCCAUUCUUCCCGAAGAGGAGUCGAACUCGCUAUGGCUGCAUACCAACUGCGUGGUCAUGUCGACCUUUGAGGGCGGAAAGUGUCGGAAUUCCUGCAAAAGUAACCUCGGCCUCGAAGGACUCACGACGGACGACAUCGAUAUCGUGGAUCCCAGCAGCAACCCCCACGAUACGGCAUGGUCUUUUCCAUUUUGGAGCCAAAAGUCUCUCAAAGAAGGAAUCCUGGAAGCGCAGAUGCGCAGUGGCUUUGAUGCGCGAUACGACCAGCUUGACGUGUCUUAUUGCUUGGCCGAACAGGCGCCACAGCGAUGCCAGAUUGGUGUCUCCAACGCCCUGCUAAUGGCAAUCGUCGUGUGCGUCUCAGUCAAAGCGGUCAACUGCAUCCUGCUCAUGGCCCGCUUCGUGUCCCGAGAAGACAACCAUCCUCUUGUGACGUUGGGAGAUGCCAUCGAAUCCCUGCUCCGACUCCCUGACCCGACUACUGCGAGGAUGUGCACCCUGGAAAUGAGAGACAUUCACGUUACUUGGGAUCGACUUCUAUCUCGUUUCAGAAGCAGCAAAGGAGCGGAAUACAGUGAGGCAGCCGAAGGAGCACAGCUCCUCAACGGAGAGCACAGCCACAGACAUGUGUCGCCGCAAGCACGGCAAUGGCGCCGAGAAUCAUCGCGAUAUUACCUCGUUGUUACUGUCGGCUCAUGGCUGCGAGCAUAUGCCAUCUUUGUCACUGUACUGAUCGUUGCACUCUACUACUUCUCCAAGGCUACUGGCGGCACAUUCAGGAUCUCAGGAGACUUUGGAAUAAGCGGCAAGAACAAAUUUGUUACACAGGAUCAAGGCUCAUCAGAUGCAUAUUCUGGCGACUUCAUUCGCAUGGUAUUUCUCGCCAAUGUCGCUCAAUGUGUUCUUUCCAUAUCCUACUUGAACUUCAACUCCCUCAUCACGCGGCUGUCUCUGGCCAAGGAGUGGGCUCUAAUGGGCACCGGCUUUCGCCCCUUGCGGGUUACCGAUCCAGAGGGAGAACAGGUCUCGACACAUUUCUUGGGACUGCCAUACUCGUGGAACGGAGGCUUUUACGGGUCCUGGACCAGGUCUCCGACAAUGAGAGACAACAGCCUCGGCUUGUCCGACUUCGGGUUCGUUGGCCUAGGGUACUCGACCACGGCAAUCAUGGUCUCUAUUAUUGUGUUUGCUGUUGCCAUCUGCAUUCCGUUAGUUCUCUCAGCCCGAAAGCUUCCCGGCAACAUGGUCAUUGUUGGCAACGCCAGUCAGACAAAGUCCAUGGAGGCUUUGGCUGCCUACCUCACCGAUGACUGCCGUCGACAUGUCGGGCCGCCCGCGUUUCUCAUUGCAAGAGGCGCGCCACCAGACUACUCGAUGUCCAACGAAGAAUACGCAGCAGAGUUCAACGGCAUGGAGCACUACCAAUUCGACGAUCACGUCGUCUACGACCUUGUUGUCGACACGCAGAAGCUGAGAGCAGCUGCAAGAAGCGAGAUUCUGGUGAAGUUUAACAGUGGCGAAACAGCCAGUCGCAAUUUCGUGUGGUUCUUGGACUUCAACGAGGAUGGAAGCAAGAUCGUCAAGGUCUACCAGCAUAACGACGUGGAGGAGGCGAACAAGUGGCUGGAUGGCAUGAAAAUUCGGAAAAAAGAGGCUGCCAACGCCCGCCCGGAGUAG